UAUACAGUGCUUGUGCUCCGGCCAAAUAAAAUUUAAAGAAAUGAACAAUUAUGCCGACAGCCGCUUGCCCAUCCACCACGGAGCCCCAACCUCAGAUGGCAAUCUGAAACGCAACCGCACGGUUCGGUAUUAUGCGCACCGAGUGAAAGAAAGCCUAACAACAAGGCUGUCUAAGAUCAUUUGCACCCUUUUCUUAGGCCUUCUUGGUAUUGUGGGCAUCAUAUUGUUCAUUUUAUGGCUAAACCUCCGGCCCCAUCGGCCAAGAGUAUUCAUCGAAGAUUUCUCCAUCCCGGGUCUAGCCCAAGAGAAUGGGUUCCAAGAUGCCAAGAUCAUCUUCAAUGUCACCGUACGAAACUCCAACCAAGGAGUCCAGUUUGACUAUGAUGGCAUGCGGCUCACAUUGGUCUAUCAAGACCAAAGUAUAGGCGGGGCGCCUCUGUUACUCCCGUUCUAUCAAUCACCAAAGAACACAACCGUGCUCGCAGGUGUGCUGACUGGUUCUUCUUUGACGGUGACCAACAAAAUCUGGCAGCGGCUUUUGGGCGAACGGCAGUCAAGAGGACUUGUGCGUUUCCAGGUGCAAUUAACAUCAGUGAUUACAUUCAAAGUGAAUACGGCAUGGGAAAGUAAGCGCCACAGGAUGCAUGCUAAUUGUCCGGUCGAGGUCAGGAAAGAUGGCAUGAUAACAUCAGCCUACAGAGGAAGGAGAUGUGCAGUCUAUUUUAGCUAAUUUCCUCAAGUAAAGUUUUAAAUUUUUUAACGAGUUUGUUUUUGGUGUGGCAAAUUUCAAUUCCUGCUUUUCUUUAAAUUGUAAUUGUUCGUUGAUUUGGACUUGGAUUUGCUUGCAGAGAGGCAUAAGGAUAAAUUUGUUUCUUACAAAUGUUGCGUUUGGUUCUCUUAAUAGUAAAGUACUAACAAACAUAUAAUCUGGUUUUGCAUUGAAUUAAAGUUCC